AUGGUGUUAUUGGAUUUCUUUUGUAUUUUUACUUCAGUUUUUCGACAUCUACUUCUUUGCUAUCAUAUUGUUUCUUUGUUCGCUUUCAUUUCCUUCUUCCUUUUUCCUUUUAUUACCCUUCCUUUUCGUUUAUCUUUUUCUUUUACGUUGUUUCUUUUUUCUCUUUCAUUUCCUUCUUCCUUUUUCCUUUUAUUACCUUUCCUUUUCGUUUAUCUUUUUCUUUCACAUUGCUUCUUUUUUCUUUUUCAUUUCCUUCUUUCUCUCUCUUUUAUUACACUUUUUUUUGGUUAUACUAUUCUUUUACGUUGUUUCUUUUUUCUCUUUCAUUUCCUUCUUCCUCUCUCCUUUUAUUACCAUUUCUUUUCGUUUAUCCUUUUAUUUCACACUGUUUCCUCUUUCUCUUUCAUUUUUUUUUUCGUAUUUUGUUAUUUUUUAUUCUUUCUGUUUCAUUUCCUUUUCCUUCUUUACUUUUAUUACCCUUCUUUUUCAUUUUUUUUAUUUUUCAAAUUUUUCCUCUUUCAUUUCUUUCUUCCACUUUUAUUUUAUUACAAGUUUUCGUUUUUGAUCUCUUUCAAAGUUUGUCUUUAUCUUUGUCAUUCAUUUCCUGCUUCUUCUUUCGUUUUAUUAUUAUUACUUUUCGUUUUUCCUUCUUUAAAUUAUUUUCUUUCAUUUUCAUUUCCUUCUUCGUCUUUCCUUUUAUUAUCCUUCCUUUUCGCUUUUCCUAUCUUUCAGUUUUUCUUUCUCAUUCAUUUGUACCGUCGUCUUUCCUUUUAUUACACUUCCUUUUCGAUUUUUUUAACUUUGAAUUUUUCUUCUUUCUAUUUCAUUUCCUUCUUCGUCUUUCUUUUUAUUUCUUUUCUUUUCACUUUUCCUAUCUUUCAAUUUUUUCUUCUUUCUCAUUCAUUUCCUUCUUCGUCUUUCCUUUUAUUACGCUUCUUUUCGUUUUUCUUUCUUAGUCAUUUCUUUUUCUUAUAA